AGGCGGAGGAGGGGGGUGGACAUUGUUGUUUUAUUGUAAGAUGUGUGAGGGUGUGGUGGGGUGUAUGUUGGAAGAUGGGUUUAAUGAAGUGGUGGUGGAUGUUUGGAGUAGAUGUAAGUAGUUGUCUGGUGGAUGAUGGAUUGCGGGUCAGAGGGAAGUACUAGUAGUAUCUAUAUCUGGGGCCGAUUAUUGGCUGUGGGAUGCGGGAUGUAUAUGGCGGAGAUUAGGAUCAUUUGGUGCCCUACUAACUAUCUACACUACUCAUGGCAUUAUUUUGCCAUUUGCAAUGGGGGCUAUAUUGUUUGUAGGCAUUUGGGUUACUACUCCAUACUAUGGUAGAAUUGGAACUACUACUGUAGGCUCCCUUAUACUGUUUGCUCUCUAUCCUAAGAACUCCGGCUGAGUGAUCAGC